GUGUAUGCAACAAGUCCAAGGAAGAAGUGCCCAAAAAAUAAAACACGGGUUUUUAUAAGAAAAAAAUCGUCAAUGGUAAACAAGAGAGCGAACAUUUUAAUAAAUCCGAUUGUUGAAAUUUGUAAACCUUAUCCAUCCCCUUCUUAAUUCACAACCUAACAGUUCUCAAAAUGGCGUGACUUCUUUUACUACCGCUGAAAACAGCAAUAAACCAAAUCUGGAUUUAGCCCAAAAAAAAAGUCAUCAAUUCAAUCAGUUGCUUCUUAUGUUCAGCUUCAUUCACCAUUUGUUAUACUGAACAUGUGGCUUAAAUGUUUGCAAUAUGCAAAAAUUGCAACCUCUCUUUCUCUCUCUUCUCUGUGGUCUGCCCCACCACAAGAUCUGUCACAAGUAAAGUGAGUAGGUGAGAUUCUUGGAUGAUUCCUACUUUUACGAAUCCUUUCAGUUUUGUUGCUUUAAAAAGAUUAAAUUUUUCGAUCUGGGUAUUUCUCGGGUUUUCAAAUUUCAGCUAGAAAAUCUAUAUUACUAGUUAUUCUGAUCAUAUUUCUUUUUUGGUAAUUUUGAAUGGUGCAGUACUAUUUGGCCUAAUGGGUAUUCAGAAUUUCGGUGUUAUACGGUGUAAUACUGUAAUUUGACUGGAAUUGAUAUUGUAGUGUGUUACCAGUAGAAUAUUGACUCAGUUAACGGUUUUAUUAUUCAUGUGAAAUGAAUCAAUCUCGGAAAUUACCAAUAGCAUAGAUUUCUAUGCUAUACUAUUAUAAGACUUAUUACUGUCAAUGAUUGUCAGCAUUGCAUGCCACAACGUUGACUUUAAUAUGUGGAAUGAUUAUGAUCCAAUAUAGUGCUUUUGCUUUCUGUUUUCAGGCUAACUGUGAAUUGAAUUAAGAAGUUAUGAUCAUCAUGUUUUGAACAUUUGGGGAUAAGAGUUAGUAGCGAGAGUUUGUUAGAUCAGCAAAAAUGGCUUUGGCUCCUACAGUCAAGGUGGUUUUAGGGUCAAUUGCCUUCGCAGUCUUUUGGGUAAUGGCAGUAUUCCCUGCAGUCCCUUUUCUACCCAUUGGAAGAACAGCAGGAACACUCCUGGGAGCCAUGCUUAUGGUAAUUUUUCGAGUCAUAACCCCGGAUCAAGCAUAUGCUGCAAUCGAUCUUCCGAUACUUGGGCUUCUUUUUGGCACAAUGGUAGUUAGUGUUUAUCUUGAAAGAGCUGAUAUGUUCAAAUACUUGGGUAAAUUGGUAGAAUGGAAAAGUAGAGGACCUAAGGACUUGAUUUUCAGAAUCUGUCUGAUAUCUGCUCUUUCCAGUGCUUUCUUCACAAAUGAUACAGCUUGUGUAGUUUUGACUGAGUUUGUAUUAAAGAUUGCUAGACAACACAAUCUGCCCCCUCAUCCCUUUUUACUAGCUCUUGCUUCUAGUGCAAAUAUUGGAUCUUCAGCAACACCAAUUGGCAACCCACAAAAUCUUGUUAUAGCUGUUCUAAGUAAGAUAUCAUUCGGAACAUUUUUAGUAGGACUUCUACCGGCUAUGCUUGUGGGUGUUUUUGUUAACGCCUUGAUCGUAUUAGGCAUGUUUUGGAAGUUGUUGUCAGUUCACAAGGAUGAGGAAGAUGCUGCUCCUGAGGUGGUUAAUGAAGGAGAAUAUACUUCUCAUCGAUUUUCACCAGCAACAAUGUCAUCUCAUUUGUCUCCUUCCAAUUCUAUAGUAAUGGAUAACCAUAGUUCCCCUAGUGUAAGAGGACAUUCAGAUCAUGCAGAUAAUCUAAGAAAUCGGUUAUCUUCUGAUACUGAAUUUCACGGUUUCGAGUCUUCAAGAAUGUCAGAUACAUCUAAAGACGUGGUGGUCGAUGAAACAUUCCAAGCUGAGACUCCUGAAAGAGUUGAAACAGUAACGGGAGAGUUCAUUACACAACUGAAGCUGUUCUUAGGUGGGAAAGUAGUUAGUGAAAAGUGGAAGCACACAAUUUGGAAAAUAUGUGUUUAUCUUGUUACCUUAGGCAUGCUAAUUGCUCUGCUCUGUGGUUUGAAUAUGUCGUGGACUGCGAUCACUGCUGCACUGGCUCUUGUAGUUCUCGAUUUCAAGGAUGCUCGCCCCUCACUAGAGAAGGUCUCAUAUUCACUUCUGAUAUUCUUUUGUGGAAUGUUCAUCACGGUUGAUGGAUUCAACAAGACAGGCAUUCCUGGCAAAGUAUGGGACAUCAUGGAGCCGCAUUCUCAGGUUGAUCGUGUUGGUGGAAUUGCAGUUCUCGCACUAGUCAUUCUUGUCCUCUCAAACUUAGUAUCAAAUGUUCCAACUGUUCUGUUGCUAGGAGGACAAGUAGCAGCAUCUGCAGCAGCAAUAUCUGCAUCAGAAGAAAGAAAAGCAUGGCUAAUCUUAGCUUGGGUAAGCACUGUGGCAGGAAACUUGUCACUACUAGGAUCAGCAGCCAACUUAAUCGUAUGUGAACAGGCUCGACAAGCCCCUUAUUUGGGAUACAAUCUCACUUUCUGGAGACACCUUAAAUUUGGAGUUCCUUCCACACUAAUUGUCACAGCUAUUGGCUUAAUACUGAUCAGAGGUUGA